CUCGCGCUCGUUUUGUGUACUUGCGCGCUCGUUUGGAAGCGGGGAAAGAGGAGGAAGAAAUAGCGGCGGAAGGAGGGGGUGGGGUAGGUUAGCCCAUUUGCCUCACUCAAGAUGGCGACCGCGAGGAACUGCGCAAGAGGCCGGAGUGGCUUUCGGAAGUGACCUCAUCUGGUCUGCGACGGAAGUGGCGGGGCAGCCCCGCCCCCGGCCGCCAGGGCCCUCAGUUGAGCAGCCGAAGCGCCGGGUUUGAGUGGCGCCGGCCGGGCUCGGGGAAGGUCCCGGCGUUGCAGACUCGGGUGGCUACUCGCCGGGCGGGUGGCGGCCGCGGCGGCCUCGGCUCCGCAACAUGUCCAGCUCCGGAGAGGAGAUGCCGAAUGAAGAUGAACCAAACACCAUUGACCUAAUGAAUAGCAUAAACCUAAUGGAGUUUUCUGAUGAGAUCCUUUUACACAUCCUGAGUUAUAUCCCCAGCACAGACUUGAUUUUGAAUGUUAGGAGAACCUGCAGGAAGUUGGCAACGCUUUGUCUUGACAAAAGUCUUACUCAUACAGUGCUGCUUCAUAGGGAUUAUCAGGCCAGUGAAGAUAAAGUAAAACAACUGGUGAGGGAGAUUGGGAAAGAGAUUCACCAGCUGAACAUGGCAGGCUGCUACUGGCUGUCUGGUACCACAAUUGAGCAUGUGACGCGCUGCAGGAACCUAGUGAAAGUGAACUUGUCCGGCUGUCAUCUUACUUCUAUCCGACUCUCUAAGAUGCUAUCAGCCCUCCAGCAUUUGCGCUCUUUGGCCAUCGAUGUCAACCCGGGGUUUGAUGCCAGCCAGUUGAGCAGUGAAUGUAAAGCCACUCUCAGCCGGGUGCUAGAGCUGAAACAGACCCUCUAUACGCCAUCAUAUGGGGUGGUACCUUGCUGUACUAGUCUUGAAAAACUGCUGCUUUAUUUUGAAAUCCUAGAUCGCACCCGGGAAGGAGCUAUUCUUUCAGGUCAGCUAAUGGUAGGCCAAAGUAAUGUCCCUCACUACCAGAAUCUUCGUGUAUUUUAUGCCAGAUUGGCCCCUGGCUACAUCAAUCAAGAAGUAGUAAGGCUUUAUUUGGCCGUGCUCAGUGACCGAACACCUGAAAACCUUCAUGCCUUUCUUAUUUCAGUUCCGGGCAGCUUUGCAGAGAGUGGAGCCACUAAAAACCUCCUGGACUCCAUGGCUCGCAAUGUCUCCUUGGAUGCAUUGCAGCUUCCCAAAUCCUGGCUUAAUGGCUCUUCACUCCUUCAAAAUAUGAAGUUCAACAACCCGUUUUACUUCAGUUUCAGCCGCUGUACUUUGUCUGGAGGACACCUUAUUCAGAGAGUAAUUAAUGGGGGGAAAGACCUCAAAAGCUUAGCCAGCUUGAAUCUCAGUGGUUGUAUUCAUUGUCUGUCUCCAGACUCAUUGUUUCGCAAAGCAGAGGAUGAUAUUGAUAGCAGCAUCCUGGAAACACUGGUUAUGUCAUGCUGCAAUCUGAAACACUUAAAUCUAUCUGCUGCACACCAUCACAGCUCUGAAGAUUUGGGGAAGCAUUUGUGUCAGCUCUUAGCUCAGCUUCAACACCUACGUUCUUUAUCCCUUCCUGUUUGCUCCAUUGCAGACUCUGCACCAAAGGCAGAUAAAGCACCCACACAGAUAGUUACUAAUGCAGUGCCCCGAGGAUUUGGAAAGAAAGUCCGAAUUGGAGUGCAGACAUAUCCCAGGACCAUGUCUUCUGAGUCAGUAACUCAGAAGCCAUCUUCUGUUUUCUGGACUCUUCUGGAGAAUGUGCCAUUUUUGGAAACCCUGGAGUUAAUUGGGUCCAAUUUUUCUUCUGCCAUGCCCCGGAAUGAGCCUGCCAUUCGAAACUCACUACCCCCUUGCAGCCGUGCACAGAACGUUGGGGAUGCUGAGGUGGCUGCCAUUGGCCAGCUGGCAUUUUUAAGAAAUUUGACAUUGGCCCAGCUGCCCAGCAUUCUUACAGGCUCUGGGCUCAUUAGCAUUGGGUUGCAGUGCCAGCAACUGCAAACACUAUCAUUGGCCAAUCUGGGUAUGAUGGGGAAAGUGGUCUACAUGUCUGCCCUCUCUGAUAUGCUAAAGCACUGCAAACAGCUAAAAGAUCUCAGACUAGAGCAGCCCUACUUCAGUGCGAAUGCUCAAUUCUUCCAGGCUCUGAGUCAUUGCUCUUCCCUUCAGCGUCUCUGUAUCAUCUCCCGAAGUGGUACUUUGCAAUCAGAUGCUGUGAUGUCAUUCAUGGGCAGCUGUCUUGGGCUCAUCAUGUGCCACAUGUUUACAGGAGAGUCCCUCACCGCCUGCAAGAAUCUUCAGCAGUCCAUUGUUCGAAGUUUCCAGGCAGAGCGUCCAGCACUAAAUGUCGUUAUUUUCCCCUUGCUCCACGAGGGCUUGACUGAUGUCAUCAGAGAUGUCCCCAUGAUGCAUCUGGAUGAAAUUACCUUGUUCAAAAGCAGAGUAGCUGAAGAACCCCCAAACUUGUGGUGGUGAUGGCUCCAUCAGGAAAUGGAAUGGUCUGCAUCAACAGGUGAAAUCAUUUUCCUUUAGCCUGAACUUGAUUCUUUUCAUCCCUCACCAACUCCUUCAGCUUAUAGCUGCCUUAUCGGAUGCUUUAGAAUCACUACAGUCCAAUUCCACCACAGAGUCAGAUGAGACUGGACAUUUCCAAGGGCAUGUGAAUGUUGUCAUUGGGUUAUUCUGCUGCUGCUGCUUGUGCUCUCCAGUACUCUGCUGAAAAGCCCAUCAGAGUGGUUUGGCUGUUUCCUUAUGGUGGAUAUCAAUUCUUUGGUUUGUAAUGUAAAAGGAGAGAAAAUAUUCCCUCUUCAUCACACUACAUUCCAUUCAAUAUGUUUCACUAGGGCUUUUGUGUGUGCUUAGCGCAAUACCUUUUGUAACCUUUCCUCUUUUAGACACUUUCUUUGUGACUACUUGUUGCUUUGGUGAGAUUUAUAUUGAGAGUUAAAUGUUAACAGGAUUACUUGAGGAGAGUGAAGUGGGCAGCCUUAAAAGGGGAGGACUCAUUUAGUUAAAAUAGAUGUGGUGCUUUGUACCCAGGCAUGAGGUACCAUGUGUGUACUUGCACAUGAAAAAAUAUAUCAGGAUAACAUCUCUAUGAGUGAUGUAAUCUAUUGACUCGUUUCAAAGACCAGUGUACUGUAAUCUUUCUUUCAGCAAACUUUUAUAUGAACACUGCCGUGGUCUCCACAUUCAGCCAUUUGCACUGUUAGCCCUUGCCCCUCCCUACUUUUGACCUUCGGAACACUUGAGCCUUCUGAAGAGUUUGUGUAUUGAGUAACUUUAUUCCUUCACUUCGUGUCACAGGCACAAGACUGCAUCAGAGAGCCCAAGAGCAAAUUCUGCCUCCUCAUAGCAUGUGCACCCUUGUAUUUCACUCAUCUCCACCUCUGACUCCAUUUAAAUCUCGAAGGAAGCUCAAGACCAGUUUUUGCCAGGGGUACUUGAGUCUUGAGACCUAUCUGAGACAGUGAUGGGAGGGGUUCUCUCUCCUUGCAGCAGCUUGGGAACAGUGUACUGUCCCGGGAAAGGGAGUUUUACGUCUUUAGGCUGCCCUGAGACAAAGUAGAAAGGGGCUGGACACACUCUAUUCUCAUGGCAGCAUGUGGAAAAAGUAACAGUGGAAUCCUCGGAAUAGUCUGGGGAGAAUUCCUGAAAAAAGACAUUUAGCAGCUGAAGGAAAGCAGCCUGGAGGAAAAAUGAGGACUUAGUCCAAAACAUAGAAGUUGCUACUUUAUCUCUAGCAAGGUACCAUCAAAUUACGGGGGCCCUGGCUGCCUUGGGGUAGCUCUUCUUUUGUUGCUGCUUUGACUGGAGGGCACUCGGUACUAGAAGUCUCAGCAUAUAUAUGCACAGAAGGCCUGAAGACGGACUGGAAUGCCAGGAAACCAACAUUGAUUUCCAUUUUGUCUCAGGCAAGGAGCAUGAUAGUUCUUCAGUCAAGAUUUAGUUGCUGUAGUCCUCUGAGACUGAGAAGAAGCAUCUCCUUUGCCAUUAGAUGUGUAGAGUUGCUACAUUUCUUGUGUGGGAUCUAAUACUUUACAGCAACGCAGGGAAAACAAUGGCAAAAUACCUGGAGCUACUACCUGGAUAGCAGAUUUCAAGCCCAAGAAAACACUGGAAGGUGGGAAGAGGUUCAGGGGUGAUUGUAGUAUUGAUGGGAACAGCUUGAUUUUGCAGUGUUUAAUCUGUAGCUGCCUCUGAUUUCUUUUACCCUUGUAGCUGCUAAUACCAGGGAGGGUGUUUUCACCCAUUUUUGUUCCUAUCUUCUUGUCAGAGACCAUCAAUGAUAUGUUGUAGGCAUUCCCUCCAAGAAGAAUUCACCAACUUGUAACUUAACAGGGACUUAAGUGAAUCAUUACUCUGGAUAAUUUCUUUUGCCUGUUUUUCCUGGUGUCCCAGGCUUUCCUCCUUGUUUAGCCAGGUUUUGUAGCAACACUUAAGUCAACAACAUGAUAUAUCACCCAUUUUAACUUCUAUACUAGCUCAUAAUUAAAGUGAGCUUGUUUCUCCUCCCAUAAUGCCUGGUAUUUACCUUGUAAUGGCUGGCUGACAGUCACUGGUGGAUGCCUGACGCCUCACAGCCUCUGCCUUCAACUUUUGAUUGAAGUUUUGCUUCUCCUGUAACCAUUCCUUUGUCUGUGUCCUUCAUCAUCAUGUUUAAAGCCUUAUUUUCUUGCUCAAGACACUUUAUUACUCUAUAUUACUUAUCCAGCUCCUGAUCCCAUUUUUCCAUUUCCUCUCUCAGCUGUACCUCCCUUUCAUUUAUCUGCCAAUAUCUCUGGUGACCCACCCUCAAAAAUCCUGUCAGACAAACCAACCUUUUCCUCUUAUUACUCACAUUGUAGAGAUUGCAGUGUUUAUCAAAUAAGCUUUCUAAUUCUCCUGUGCUCCUGCCUGGCUACACAUCCUCUUCCUCCCAGGGAUCAAGAUAUAAUUCAUAUAUUAACUAUUUCAAGGCAAGUUGUGAUUCUUCAUUUUCCCGUUUUGAAACUUUGAUUCCUACCAUAUGAGUAUUAUUGACCCAAUUAAGUGUUUUACAAAGCAUUUUUUAUAAAAGGACUGUUUAACAGAUGUCCCAGGGUCUUCUUGAAGUCAUCUUCCUGAAAGUGUUCCAUCUUUUCUACCUUACUAUGCUUCUGGGGAUACCGAGUAACUUGGAUCCUUAAAAAUAGGAAAGUUUUUGGGUAACUUUAUUCUCGGUCUCAGGAAACCCAAAUUCAGUCUUUGCCCAGGUUAAAGUUCCUUUGUCUUCCAUUUCUAGAGUAUGCCAGAAUGCUCGGACUGUUUCAGUUCUAGCCAACAAAUGAUGCGCAAUGUAACAUAUUACCUUCAGACUUGUCAGUACUGGUGGGCAUCAUUUUAUUUGUUAUUGUUUUUCUUGAAUUCUUUCAAGCCAUAAAGGUACCUUUGAAUUUGAUUUAAAAUGGCACCCAGAAUUAAAUGACUUUACAGCGGUAUGUGUCUUGAUAGGCAUAAACACUCAUAAAGAUUGGUGCCAUCAUGAAAUUUACCCAAUGCCUUGUUUCACUGUAGUGGGUAUCUGAAGUCUUCUUGUUGUGUGAAGACAAACAUUUCAGUGCUUCUUCCAGAGAAUCAUCUAAAAAUGAAACUCUUCAGAGCCAUUCUUCAGGGGUGGCAGAAAAUGGCUUACGUGUUGAGGAGCCAGGUAUGAACGGAGAUAGAUGUGGGUAGAACACAAGCGAGCAGCUCACUUAUGUUUCCUUACUUCCCUUGAGAGACUCUGCUCUGGGGAUACAAGUUAGUCUCUCCUUGAUACAUAGAAUCUGGUAUGGAGGAUUGAACCUACCUUGCAUUGAUUGAAGAUGGUGAGCUGCACAGCCAAUAUGUCCCGGAUAGAAAGAACGACCUUUUCCUUUACAUCAGGUCAAGCUCUAAACAUAGUGCCGAUUGCACUUCAGACCUGAAUGCUUUGUAGCACGACGUAGAGUCGAGAUUAAUUACCAGGGCACCAUUUUUAGGGGAGGUUGAUGAGAUGCUGUCAAGCGGGUGUAAUAGCGCAUUAGAGUUUCUCGUCAUGGAAUGAGUCUUUAUCCUGGACAUGAUGUCUCUUUUUAAAAGAUGCCGUAUAGCUUUAAUAGCUGUAAUAGAUCACUUGAGGUCUUCCAUCUUGAUCCAUAGGCAAACGUUGCUAAUUUCAGUAGCUAUUCUGAAGCUUCAGUGCUACUUUACAUGAAUCAUCUGGAAAAUAAAAUCGUCCUCACAGUCAUUGUAUAGAGUUGCUCAAGGUUGGCCACAUAUUUGAAAUGCUGUCAUAAUAAGGUUAGGUAUGAAAAGAGAUAAUCACAGGUCAAACUCUGGUGAAUGGUAUGGGUCUGCCAAGUCCAAUCUCCUAUCUACAAUGGACACCCGGAGGUAGCUUCAGAUGUGUAGAGAAACUGCUCAUUCCAGCAGUCUUCACUUAUUGUGUUCUCACCCUAAUGGAUAGACCAUAUCCUAGGUCACUUUGAGCAAAUAGACUGCCAUGAUGCAGCAAGGGACUGACAGAGAGGAGCGUAUAUUUGGACAGCACCACAGAAGUCAGCAGUACUGCACUAUAGUUUGGGCCCCCAAAGGGGUAUUUGAAGAUCCCUCCUGUGGUGAUGGCAGUUUCACUUGUUAUCUGAUAUGGGACCUAAGCCAAAUAACUUGUAAAUGGCUGUUUUUGCCAAAGGUUUGCUCAAGAAGAUGGGAUUCUUCAGCAUACAGGAUGAAAUGACUAGACCAAUUAAGGAAUGUUCUCCUAUAGAAUAUUUUGCACAUAUAUUUGUCUUGAAAAAUUCAUGGUACUAUUUUCUGCUGCCAGAUUCUUGAUGAGAUCCAUUGCUAUGUUAAGAGACAUCUCUGCUGAUCCUAAUUACAAAGGCUCUGACAUAUCUUGUUGUGUAACAUCUCACUGCUAUGUCACACUAGGAUUGAGAUUCUCUUUCAUAAUGAAGGGGUGGAAUGAUAUCUGAAUCCUUGAUGUCUUUUGUGCAUUUAGUGGACGGUAGGACUAAACUUGGAGUAGUAAAAGAGGAGGUAUCUGAUGUCAUUAACUGUUCUUGACUUGUAUAUGACCUCUUUCCAAUAGGACUCCAUAAAGUACUAAAAAUAACAACCAGCAAAGCCUCUUUAGAUCUGAUAGUGAGACUUUCUAAUUUUGAGGGGAUGUCUAGGAGACUGCUUAUUUCUGUUCUUGAUCAUUUUAAAAUAUGCAUUGCACAUGAGGUUUUUAGAAGCUAGGGGCUUUCAUUCUGACCUCAGGUUUUUUGAACUUUCAGUAGCAGAUGCAGUAAGCUAAGGUGUCCCCACAUGAAUUGAAGGAUGGAUGUGAUUAAAAUAGAUGUUAAAAAUUGGAAUUAGACUGAAGUUAUGAUCUAGUUCUUGUCCCGUGAUAUCAUUAAAUGGAAACAGUGAAUCAUAAAUGAAUAUUUUUUUGCUGGAAGUGGAUGAUGUGAUCUAUUUGACUUUUAGACUAGAUAACCAUAGUGUGAAUAGGAAUCUUAGGCCAUGUAACCGUCUUUUUUAGGAAACCUAAGAAUUCAGAAUGUUUUCAUUCUUGAUGACAUCUGUUGUUGCAUCCUACCCUUUAUUAGUAGGCAGCUUUACCCUUAUUUAUCUUUUCUCAAUUAGGGAAAAACUGAGGAGUGGGACAAGGAUUUAGUUGGGUAAAUAAAAGAAUAAUCAACUCUUUCUGUAUAAAUAAGUCCUUGCUUGUAGACCAUAACUUGUCUUUUCCAGCCCAAUUCUUUCUCUUCUUUUUAGUCCUUAACCUUGUCCUUAAUCAUAAUAAGUAGACCUCCUAGGUUUCUUGGAUUUGUACCACUGGAACAGAGUACUGUGUUUUUAUGUUCUUUAGUGGAAGUUUUAAGGUAGUCUUUGGUCCACAAAUGAAGGGCUUAGUGAUGGCAGUUAAAGAUUUUUCCCAUGUCCACUCUUGAGUGGAUUUGUUUACAAGGUGUAAGACAUUCCAGCGUACUGAUGGAUAAUGGACUCUUGCACAUAAAUUGAGCUAUGAUUCUUUCUUUAUAGAGUUUGAAUUUAUCAAUCAUGUCUGUGAGUCUUAUUAUCCAAUUUGCUGUAAAAAUUAGAGCUAAUUCCUAGAAGAUCAAAAAUUGACAAAUCCAUGGUCUAUGUUUGAUAUGUAGAAUAGAGCAUAUGUAACACAGGGAAGCAAAGGGUCUAUAACAGUAAACUCAUGCUGAGCUAUCAGCCAGAUCAUAUAGGAAGUAGGUACUGAAAGAAUCACAUAGGUCCAGAAGAUAAUGUAGAGAAUCAGUCAUCAACUCUGCUCAAAUGAAGAAAAAUAGCAGCAGCCAUUCUGAUUACAUUUGCUAGUGGACUCAGCAGUGAAACUCAACUAGGUGUGGUUGGUGACUUAAUUAAUAGCUUAGGGCUUUGCUCCCAGGGCUUUAGAAACCCUUUGGAGUCCUAGUUGGUAUAUGGUGGAAUCUAUUACUCUCCAAAAGAAGACAGAUGGAUUAGUAAUGGUCUUCUAAGGUGAGUUCUGUUUAGGCUAGUAUAGGUGAUCAGGUCCAGGUCAGCCAUGACUUCCUUUGGAAUUUCAAUAAGUAUUUCAACAUAGUAAUAGAAGGUGCCCACAGAAAUCGAAAAUCAUGGGCAAUAGUCAGUUGCUAAUCUAACUUACCUAAUUUGCAAAUACUUCAUUUGUUACAUUCAACUCUCUUAAUAUUUGCUUUAGGUAGAGCAUUAAAAAUAGGGAUGCCAUUGAAACAUAAUGCCGUAGUGUAUUUGUACAGGCAGCUGGAAUACUAGGAUGCUCCCUCGUAUUAGUUUAUUGUCAUUUGUGGUGUGCUUUGAAAUGGUAUGAGAGGAUAAUUCUUUUAACCACAGCUGCCCCCUUCUUAAGAACUCAUCCUUUUGACUGGAGCUAGGUGAGAAUAAUGAAUUAUACUUUUCAUCUCAAAUUUCUUGAAGGUAAUGAGUAGUCCAUAGAAAACUACAAUAUUACCAAGUACAGUUCUCAUUGUAGUUAGCUGAUAGAUGGUACCAAAUCAUUGUAUUCCCCUAUCAAAAUGCUUUCCUGCUGUCUGCCCAUUCAGAAGAUGAAGUGGAAAGGAAUUGCCUAACAAUGAAAAAAUUAAAAUCCAGAGAGAAAAGACACUGUUGCCUUUUCACUAUCAGGCACUCGCACCUCAUUCUACACAUGCACUAUUAGGACCAAAUUAUAAGACUGAUUUAAAAACAAUAACUACCAAAAACUCCAAACACAUGUUUUCCAACUGUGAUGUCUUAUGAGGAAAAGCAGGAAAUGAAUUUUCUCUAGUUCCUUUACUUUUCCAAGUCUCUUUCCUUGUCAGAAUUCUCAGUAUUAAAGUUUUCUAUAUAUCUUACUCCAACUGGACAUCUCACCUCUAAAGAAAGAGCUAUUACACACAUGAAUAGAUCCUCAGUUCCUUCUUCAAUAGAUUUGACCUUGCUAAUGUUCUCUUGGAAAUGGUGUAACUGAGAGGUGCUCCCCACAUGUCACUCCCAAAGUCACAGAUCCCAGCUUCUAUGUUCGGUAUGAAGGGAAAUUCUCAAAUAUUCCAAUUUUCUAAAAUUCACAGUGAACUUACAAACCCCAAAUAACUAUCAUUUAGCUCUUAAAGAUAACAUACAAGAAAAUCCUAGAACUGACAAAGAUUAUUGCAGCCUAUAAUCCAACAACAGUUUCCAUAAAAAUAGAACAUUUCCCAAGAAGUACCAGUGUUCUCAAAACCCAUUGCCUAUCCAACCCACUCAGAUCACAGAUGCUACACAUUGAGUCAUUUUUCCGUUACUGUUAUGCAAAUCCUCAAUUACUGCUUGUUUUAUUACUACUAUUCUAACUUGCCAGUUAGAGCUAAUGCCUAUAACAAACUUGACUUCUUAAAUUGACUUUUUAACUUGUGAGGUUCCAAAUUUUAGACAUUUAUCCAAUUGAAACAUGUAUUUUAAUUCAAUUAUGUAUCAGAUAUUUUAAUUAUCACAUAUCAGUUAAAUAAGGUCAUGGGUUACUCUUAAUUAUUUACUUAGUUACUCUAUACAGGGUUGUGGAAAUAGGCUAGACCCUUCUCAACUCUAUGUUGAUUUAACCCACAGGAUAAUGGCUACCUCUCAGAUGAAGCAGCCUUGUCUUUUUACCUAAACAAUAUGAAUUUACACUAUAUAAUUAAUUACACUGGAUAAUUUUUAGAAAUUUUGUAGAGUGUUUUGAAAAAUAUAGUGUGUGUAUGUGUAUCUGUGUGUAUUUAAUUUAAAUAGAGUUACAAAGUAUUGGAACCAAAAAAAAAAAAAAAGCAUUUUAUGCUCUUAAUAUUGACCUGGUUAACCUUUUCAUAUUAUUUUGUGCUUUUGAAAUAAAACACAGCUUUUUCAAAAGUUAGCCACUGUUUACUAAAAUGUAAAGGACUAAAUCAGGUUGUAUGGUGGUGAGAUCUCCCCUCUUUAAUUGUUAUAGUGUCUUGUGGACAUCAUCUCCUUGUUGUCUGUACCACUCACUGGUAAAUAGAAAUGCUUUUGAUUCUAGACUUUUAGGUUCUUUAGUACCCCUAGAUCUGUUACACAUCUGUUUGGUGCAAUAUUUCCAAAGGGCUUCCUGAAGAAACACAGAGCUUCCAGAUGUGCCAUCUCAACCUCAUCCGAGCAGUGUUUUCAUUGCAACAAUGUCAUAGCUAAAAGUGCUUUCUCUAGGUUUUACUUCUCAGAAUUGUUUCCAGUGGGGUGGUGUCCAUCGCUAUUGGAAGGGCCCAGGAGGAAGGAGAGUGACCUGCUUACACCAUAUCUCCUGCAAGCUUUCACCUUCUCUUUUUUCUACCUUUUUGGAUCAAGGCUGUCAGACUUGUUUGUCCUGUCUUUGUCAUUCACUAUAUAAUUAUGCUGUGGUGCAGCCUUAUCUGUGCUACAUGUCCACAUCUAUGUGUGUAUGGUCUGAUUUAUGACUGUGCAAAUCUGAGUACAUUUAAACAACCUCUGCAAUAGCCCUUUCUUUGAUUUUUCCAAAGUGAUUCACCUCUUAACAUAAGCACCAUUCUGUGAUGUUUUUGUCCUGCACUUCACCUUGCUACUAAAGAACUAAAGAUUACUGAUAAAGACAUUUAUCAUUUCUCCCUCCAUUUCUUAAAAUAGGCAAAUAUUUUCAUUGGUUUUCUCCUUUCUCCAAGAGGAAUGGCCCAGGAGAAAUCUUCCUAUCCACAUCCUCCUUCUGAUAGUGCACCUAGUUUAGAGAAGAGGAAGACAUUUGGAAACUUUUACUUUUAAGGGAAUUUGAGAUUAUGUUCUUAGUGUGAAAUAGGUGCCCCAUAGUAUAACGGGACUGUUUAUGUCCAGUGUGGACUAGACUCUGUUUUCUACUUUUAUCUUAUAGAGAGGAAUAUAUUAGAAUUAGGAGUUUUCUGCCAUCAUUUGUGCAACUGGUUUCCUCAGGCUUCUCCUUUCUGUAUCUGACAAAAUGAAUUGUACUUGUUUGCAAAGAUGACAUAGUAGAUGCUGCCUUUUCCUUGCAGAUGAUGCCUCUCUAGGCCCGCCAUAUCCUUUCAAGAACUAUAGGCAGUAGAAUAAAGUUGAUCAGAACUCUGGGGAACAAGGUCUAGACCAUGACAAGAAUGGUGAUCUGAAUUUUUUUCCCCCCAAAUCUAGUAGCAAUCUGAUUGAAAGGGAGAAUAUGGGGGAGGGAGUACUGUAGUAAUGCUGCAAUGCUGACCCCUUCAUAUCGAAAGUGAGGCUUUUUCCUUUACCAUCAUAGAGUUAGUUCUGGCCCAGUGGACCUGAAUCGUGAGGAAAAUUGCUGCUCCUGUUUUCUCCCUCCUGGAAGAUCCAGCUGCCAAAGAAAAUAGGCAGGUGCAACCUGUUAAACAUGCAAGCUUGUCGCCCCAAAGAAUUGGUUCUUUCACAGGUUAGUCCCACUCACAUGUAGUCCUUUGAGUGUUGCAGGCUCUUAAGGUGAUGAUUUUUUUCUUUAGUUUUCUUUUAAUCAGAAGGUUGCUGCUUAUAGUAAAACCAAGGGGUUAUGCCUUCCCUAGGAAUUUAUUAGAAGAAUAUGAUUGUAUCUUUAUGACUGGGGCCUAGCUAUUCUAUUCUCAUGAGCAAGCAAUUUUAAACAGUAACAUAAUUUAUACUAAUAAACAGGACUGGGAAAAGGGCAGCCCCUCGGCAGAGAGGGGGUAUCAGUAGUAGAUGGAAAUGAAAAUUGCUGUGAAAAGAGACACCAAAACUGUAGACCUGAUAUUUUUAGUGUCCCUGCAACAAUCCUUUUACUUAGAGUGAGAAUUUCCGCUGCUUCUGCACUCGAGACAGGAUUCACCAGAUGUUAAUAAUGUGCUUAUUUUCUCUAAGUGCUAUUUUGGCACCGGUGUUAAUUACAAUUUAUAUUCUGCAGCAUUUACACUGGGAAAAGAACCCACCCUAAUAGUCCCCAAUUGGCAGAGCUGGGCUAUUAAGCAUAGUACCAUAUGUUCUGAGCUGAGAAAAGCAUGGGACUUAGAGCCUGGUCAGCAUUAAAGCUCCAAAAUGAGUUUUAUUGUGUGUGUGUGUGUGUUUUUCUUUUAUUAUGGGGGUGCUGGGAAGUGGGGUGGAGGUGAAAUAGAUUGAGCAUACUUUCUCCUCCCCCCACCCCUUUUAAAAUUUUAUUUGCUAUCUCCUACUUCCAAAAGAGGAUCUACUUUAGAUUUCCCUACUUUUUAUCCAAAGGUUUGGUGUCAUUGUGGCAUCUCUGGUUGUGUUUUGUUUUGUUUUGUUUCUGAGUAGCACAUUGCUCAUCAUUGUGCUGCUCAAGAGCUCACAAGAGGGAUUAGAGCCUCUGGGUCCUAGCUGCUUCAGGCUGGGUGACAUGGAAAUUUUCAGCCAAAGAAAGUUUGUGCAUUUAAGGGCCCUUUGCUUUCCCAUUCUGCUCGAGAGAAAGGGGGAAAGAGGUUUUUAAAUUUGAUUAAAAUUAAUUUUAUGUUCAGGCUCAGAGAAGCUUGAUUAAAUAUUCUUCCCACUCCAUGGGAAGCAGCAUGGUGCCAUGGGAAAUGUGUUUGAUUUGGAGCUUGAGGAUCUAAAUCCUGGCUCUGCAACUUACUACCCUUGUGACCUUGGACAACUUAUUUAUAUCCACCUGGGCCUUAUUUCCCUUAAGUGUAAAAAUAAGGGGAUUCUACUAGUAUUUUUUUUGCUGUAAAGUAGAUUCUACUUCCAGGUCUAAAUCCAUGAUUUUUUAUUUUUAUUUUUUGAUAAAUGAAGCAUUUUGAUUUGAUAGCAUGAUAGUCCAUGUCUCUUUUUAAGACUAAAAUGAUAAGGAGAGGCAACAGAUCUUUUUGUUCCUCUGCAUUUAGAUGCCCUUUGUUAUUCAAGGGCAUCCUGAUAGGAAGCUAGAGUGUUGAGGGCAGAUCCUGAUUCAGGUUCCUUGUUUCAGAACUUUUAUUUGGGACCCAUUUCAGUAGUGACUUGUAAAGAACCUUGGAAACCUGAUCUAAAUUGGCUUCUCCCUCAUCUGAGGCACGGAAUUCAGAUCAGCAUCUUAAAGGAUGGUAAGGAAAAAGCAUCGGCCUCACACUGCAUUGCUCGGGUUCCUUAUGCGAUAGAAAUGUGACCUAUAACAAAUUCAAUUCCCCUUUUAAAAAAACAUCUUGGUCUCGCCUUGCAGUGCUGAUUUUUCAAAUCGUCAAUCUCCCUUAACUGCUUCAUGCUGGGACUUGUGUCUUGCUGUUGGCAGUGAGAUGCCCUGCAGCUGCCAGUUCACAGGGUAAAUGACUGAGAAAAGGUGAUCCCUGGGGUGUAAAGGGUAAGAAGCUGCCACAGUGAGUGCCAAGACAGUUUUCAGAGAGGAUGCUUAGGAGCAGAAUCUUGCUCAAAAUGAAAACGUGUGUACAGUGUGUGUAUGUGUGUGUGUGUAUGUGCGCAUGCACGUGCGUAUUUGAUGGAAGAUUAUUAAAUUUGCUUUGAAGUGAUUUCGUUGUAAACUGAGACCAAUACUACUCAGAGAAGAGCAAGUUUUAAAAUAAAUGGAUUUAAGAUUUGAUAUUGAAGAAAAGCAAGCAUCUUAGUUCUGUGAUGUCAGCUAAACACUCCUUGUUUGAUUAGAUGCACAAGCAGAUGAUUUCCAUAGAAACCAAUUGGAAUGUGGUCAGAGAAGUAAUGAUUAAUAAGAAUAGGACACUGCCUCGGGCCUUAUUUUAGUGGGGAAGAGAAAAGAAAAACUGGGGGCGGGGGGAGAAUUAGUUCUUUUAGAAGUAGAGGAAACUCAAAAUGGAAAAUCCUUAUUUCUUGUAUUAAGUUCUGAUAGCAGACUUUCUUUUCUUCCUGUCCCCAUUUUUACUUGCUGCUUUUAGGAUUUGAAAAUUGCUGGGAAUAAUAAUAAAAAAAGUUAAUGGAUGAGGCAAGAUGAUUAACAUUGUUGCUGUUAGCAGCAGGAUCCUGGCCAUUUCAGCCAUAAAACAUGAAGCAAGGGAGACAUUGACCUUUCUGCUGUUGAAAUAAAUGGAAAAGUCGAUAUCCAUUGUUUUCAGUGGCAUCGACCUUUUGACACUCCUAUUUUCUCCCCACUUUUUUUUUAUUGACAGUAAAAGGGUGGAGAUGAGGAGGGUCUGAGGAAAAGACAGUUGUACCAGUCAUUGAUCUCAUUGAGGCCAGAGAAUUAGAACUAUCUGAGAUCUGCAGAAUACUAGACAUGAAUGGAAAUUUAAAAACUGUAGAUGUGACAGAGGGAGAUCAAUUUAGACUUAAUUAUCAUAUUUUUUCAAGCUCUUUUAGAAAAACACUCAUGUAGAAUUUUAUGUUGUUAUCAUGAGGUCAAGGAACCUUUUUUUUUUUUCCUCAGCAGUCCCACUGCUUCAAAUUUCAUCAGUGUACCGAGAAUCAUUGUUAAACCAGGCAUUGCUAAUUAGCUCUAUGACAAUUAAGUAAUGUAGCGCAAUGCCAUUAGGACAUAAGUUCAGUUUUUGAAGUUUGUCCUUUGAAGUGGAAGCUGGAAUUCCACUUAAAGAUGGUGGGGGAGGGGGAUAUAUCUUUUUACCGAAAUUUUAAUGAGACACAAAAGCCUUGGUGACUGUGAGAAUAUUCACCUGAGUAGUUAGUCUCAGGUAUGUUCACUCACUCGGGUAUCUUCCCUUAUAGCAUAUAUGAUCAUGUCAGACUUGUGAUUCUUGUACAAUGAUUGUCAAUAGUGUUGAUUUAAGUGGAGUGAAACUGGUCGCUUGAUUUAUCACUAUUCCUUUGUGUAUGUGACUUUUACCAAAAAAAAAAAAAAAAAAAUUGUGUCCAUUCAUCAUAGGGUGAUUUAAGAAGAGACUUGAGAUGUCAACAGUGUUACAAUUUAAGGAGGCUCAAAGAGUCCUGGUUUAUCAUGUGAUAAGGUGCUAUAUUAUUAACAGCAGGAAACAGAACCUGUUUACAAGUGAGUGACAAAUUCCUCAAUUUUAAUGACUCCAUCUGUGCAUUUGGUUUUACACUUGUAUUUUGCAACUGGAUCUUUGUGUUCAAAGUAUCAAAUCAAAUAUUGAAUGUGCUAUUUUCAUGUAAAUUUGUGGCAUGUAAAAGAUUUCAAAUAAAGUGGAAAAGGAUUUUAAAAAGGUUA